GGCUUCUUUCAGUGCGAUACUGAGCAGUACCUUAGUAGUUGUUGUCGUUUCCGCCACUUCCGUACGAAUCCUGAGAGCGCCGCCGAAAGUGUGUCAGACAUGGCCGCGACGAGGGUAAUCAGACGCAGCAGGACCACGCUAUGCGACCUUGUGCACUCACGCUGUUGCCGCCUCCUUGACGGCCGCCAGAGCCGUAGCUGUCUCCGCCAGAGUUUCCACCGUAAGAGGAAUUCUGAGUCGCAAGGCGAUGAGGCCAACGUCAGCGGCGCGCGUGUGUACGGGCGACCUGCGAUGUCCGGGCGUAGUCAGUCCGUAACGCUGGGACAGGUUUACUCACGUCAUUGCCAGAGCUGCCGAAGCCCCCCGAGUUGCCUCCGGAUCCUCCGUAGCUGUCAUUGUUGCCGCGACCACCGCUGGAGCCGUAGCUAUCGCUGUUGUCGCGACCGCCGCUGGAACCGUAGCUGUCGCUGUUGUCGCGACCUCCGCUGGAUCCGUAGCUGUCGUUGUUGCCGCUGGAUCCGUAGCUAUCGUUGUUGUCGCGACCGCCGCUGGAGCCGUAGCUGUCGUUGUUGUCGCGACCGCCGCUGGAGCCGUAGCUGUCCGAUGACUACAACAAGAAUCGGACUGAUCAGUCAAGUGCUGUCGUAUCGUGUCGGUCUUUGAGCGACUCACGCCACCGAAUCCGCCGCCGCUGGAUGACUUGUUUCCACUGCCGUAGCUGUCGUUGUUGUCGUUGUUGGAGUUGUUGCCUCCGUAGCUGUUUUGGUUGUCUUGGUUUCCUU